AUGCAUCUCUUCCGCCGAGGCACGUCCUCGCUCUUUAACUCCUCCAAUGUCUCCCUCGCUUCCUCCAAGACCGACGCUACCACCGAUGCUGUCGGCGACAAUGCCCUCGCUACCGAGGGAUUCCGAACAAUCUCGGAAUCGGACAAGCUGUUUCCCAACGCUGACCCCGCCAUUGAUGGCGAGGACUGUCUGCACGAUUGCGCAACAUGUACUAUCAAGUACCCCGCCAAAUUUGAUGUCGACAUGGAGGACGAGCUAUACGGCCAAGUGAAUGGGUGGGCCACGCACAUGCUUGUUGCUACUGGCAAGUCGGAUUGGGUGCGCGACGUUGCCGACGAAACAGGCAGUGUCAUGGAAGCAAUUGAGAAGGGAGGAGUUGAGCCGAGCAAUGGUCGCCUCAAGCUUUCGGCCUCCAAUAUGCCCGUUCCAGACGAAUACCAUAUGCACGAAGCAGGAAAACAGCCCACCAACGUCCUCAUACUGCCCAGCUUCACCAUUGUGGAUAAUGUUACACCGCAGCUGGCCCCGGAUCUGAUCGAGCACUUCGUGAACAAAUCCGCAACAACCACCACACCGCUCGGCGGAGUCAUCUCAGCACCGGCAGACCAAAAUGGCAGCUCCGAUGAGCAAACAGCCGACUCCAUCCCCCAUCCCUCCAACACAUCUAUUACUACCCCUCUCCGCUCCCGCCCGUGCCCUCACGCUGCUGUCAUUCUUCUCUGCUCGCAACGCACCCGCGAUGCGCGCUGCGGUCAAUCUGCGCCGCUGCUCCGCCGUGAGUUCGAGAGGCACUUGCGUCCAUUGGGAUUGUAUCGCGACAUGGACGAUACACGCCCCGGUGGUGUAGGAAUCUAUUUCAUCAGCCACGUCGGUGGACACAAGUACUCUGCCAACGUUAUUGUGUAUCGGCGCCGAGACAUGGAAUGGUAUAAGUCAGAUAGCGCGGAGGCUGAAAGUGAGCAGGAGGGUGCGGCACAAGGGAUUUGGCUGGCUCGUGUCAAGCCAGAGGAGUGUGAGAAUAUCAUCCGGUAUACUGUUUUGCAGGGUAAGGUGUUAAAACCCGCGCAGCAGUUGCGGGCUGGAUUUGAUCGGGAGCGAGGUUUGACGAGUUGGUAA